AUGGGUGGAGGUAGUAGCACGCCAAGCACCUCCUUGGCUUGCAUGCUGAAAGGGUUUGAGAAAUAUUUCAACAAAACACAGUACAAGGUUCCCUACCCCCCCGUGACCAAAGAACGCCUGAAAUACCUGUGCCAAAAACAGUGGCCUCACCUGGGAACGGGGUGGCCAUCAGAGGGCUCCUUCAAGUGUCAGACUAUCAGUGACCUCUGGAACCGGAUAGCGGCAAAUGAGGAAAAAUACCCAAACCAGUUCCCAUACAUCGACCAGUGGUCUAAUGCAGUGGAUGAACAGGCCAAUGACUUAUUGCAGUGCCAGGCGGAGAUGGUUCGUUUAUGUGUAGCCCGCCCGCGGGGAAAAGGGAAAGGAAAAAGGUUGGAUGUAGUCACUAAGCGAGUGAAGGAUGUGAAAGUAUCUGAAACAAAAGUAGCAGAUACCAAAAAGCAGAUAUUGGUCCAGGAGGAGGAAACUAUCCUGAGACCCCCGCCAUAUGCACCCCCGCCGCACCCGGGAGCGCCACCCCCACCUCAGCCACAGGCAGGGGAUGGAGAUGACCAGGCCGAGGGAGCCGAUGGGGGUGAGCCAGUGGUUCGCCCAAAAGCGAAAAAGCAGUCAAAGAGGGGAAGACCACCAAAGUCAGAGAGGGUGGAAGAGGACCCGGAAGUGGAAAGCGAGGAAGAAGGAGCCGCGGCUACAGCAGUAGGGGUAACAACCAGGGCAGCAGCCGCCAAGGCGGAGGCGGCAGCCGCUGCAGCCCAGGAUGAGUUUGUGGCACCGUUAAGGCAGAUGGAUCAGCAAGUAGUGAAUCCCCAGGGAGUAGUUGAGUACCGACCGUGCUUUCAGUACGUGCCUUUCUCGACAACUGACCUCCUGAAUUGGAAACAGAAUUAUGGGCCAUUGUCCAGUAAGCCGACGGAAAUGGCUGACCUGUUUCAAACCAUUAUGCAAACUCAUAAUCCCAAUUGGCAGGAUGUGCAGCAGUUGUUGAAUGCACUGUUGACACCUGAGGAAAGGGAAAAGUGGAAAGCAGCGGUUAGGACGUGUAUGAGGGAACGGUUCCCUAAUAUGGCGGACGUGGGACCAGAACUGGCGGUUCGGGCCCCUGAUCGGGAUCCGGGAUGGGAUCCGAAAGAGGCACAUCAAAUGAUGCAGUUGAGAGAGUACCAAAACCUGACUGUGGAAGCGUUGAGAAGGGCGGGGAAGCCUCCGGUCAACAUGUCUAAGCCUUCCUUGAUCAUGCAGAGGGCAGAUGAGAGCCCAGAAGGCUUUUUGCAAAGGCUGAUCGAGGCAUAUGAGCUGUACACACAGGUUGACCCAAGGCAACCGGAGAAUGUGCGCAUGCUAAACGAAAGAUUUAUAGCGCAAAGUUAUGAUGACAUUAGGAAGAAGUUGCAAAAGCUAGAGGGAGCUCUAGGGAAGAAUACUACUGAAUUGUUGGAAGUGGCCAGGAAAGUGUAUGUGAAUAGGGACAAGGUGGAGAAGAAGGAAAGGGACGCUAGAAUGCAUAAGAAAACGGAAUUGUUAGCAGUGGCGCUGCAAGGAGGACGGACCCCGGGUCCGAACCAAUGUGCGCAUUGUGGAGCAGAAGGGCAUUGGCAAAGAGAAUGCCCACGACGGUUAUUGCCAAGUCGCAGAAUGAGAGGAUACAGGCCUGGGUUUAGGCAGACCGGAAGAGGUAGAGGCUUGGAGCAGGCCCCGCCUGAGCCAUUGGUUACUAUGAAUAUUGGGGGCCAACAAACAACCUUCCUAGUAGACACAGGUGUGAAUAAUCUGAUCACUGCACCAGGGAUGCACCAAAUAAGGGUACAAGGUGUGUCAGGCCAAGUAGUGGAAAGGCAGGUCCUUCAGCCAGUGACAUGCACAUAUAAGGGAUCAAAACUCCAACAUGAGUUCCUCUAUAUACCUGAAUGCCCUAUCCCGUUACUGGGCAGGGAUAUGCUAAAUAAAUUGGGAGCCACCAUAUCCUUCAACGAGGGAAAACAGAGCAUUACUGUCAGCCAUGAUCCCGAUACCGUAUGGAGGUUAAUGGCGGCUCAAACUGUAGAAGAUAGGAAAUGGGAGGAGUUUGACGUGCCGGAGUUGUGGGCUGAAGAUAACCCCCCCGGGUUUGACGCUCACCAUCCACCAGUGAUUGUGGAGGUAAAGCCGUAUGCCACACCAGUGCACAUUAGGCAACGCCCGUGUUCACGUGAGGCGAUUACCGCCAUAUAUGAAAUUAUCCAGAAGUUCCUGAAGGCAGGUAUCUUAGUCCCUAUCCAGUCACCCUGGAACACCCCGAUCUUGCCCAUAAGGAAACCGGAUGGGGUCUCCUUUAGGCCGGUACAGGAUCUUAGGAUUAUUAAUGACGUCACAGUGACGAUCCAUCCGGCUGUCCCGAACCCAUACACAUUACUAAGCCUGAUCCCGCCUAAAGCCAAGUGGUUUUCGGUCAUAGAUCUAAAGGAUGCGUUUUUCACGAUCCCAAUACACCCCGUGAGCCAGCCGUUGUUUGCAUUUGAGUGGGAAAACCCGACCACGGGAACUAAACUACAAUACACCUGGACACGCCUACCCCAAGGGUUCAAGAACUCACCCACCCUGUUCGGAACGGCACUAGGAAGGGAUUUACAAUAUUAUGUACCUAGACAAAAGGGAGACACAGUGUUACAAUACGUGGACGAUGUGCUGGUUACUGGGCAGACUGAGGACUUAUGCUGGGAAAACACCAAAGCCUUGUUUGUUCUCUUGGUAGAGUGUGGAUAUAGGGCAUCGAGAAACAAGGCUCAGUUAGUAAAGCAACGGGUGAGGUAUUUAGGCUACGACAUUGAACAAGGAAAAAGGUCGUUAGGCCCUGAAAGGAAGGAGGCAGUGUUGGCUAUAGCAGAGCCCACGACAAGGAGACAGUUGCGAGGCUUUCUAGGGCUAGCAGGCUUUUGUAGAAUCUGGAUCCCCAAUUUCGCGUUAUUGGCAGCGCCCCUCUAUGCUUCUACGAAGGGGGGCAACUCCGAUGAGUUUGUCUGGACUGAGGAACAAAGCAGAGCAUUCAAAGAGAUAAAGAAGGAAUUGACUAGGGCUCCAGCGUUGGCAUUGCCAAACCUGGAAAAACCCUUUAACCUUUAUGUGGAUACAAAACAAAACAUAGCCUUAGGGGUGUUGACUCAGCAGUUAGGGGCGUGGCAACGGCCGAUUGCGUAUUUGUCAAAGCAGCUUGAUGGAGUGGCGAAAGGGUGGCCCCAUUGUUUGAAAGUCUUAGCGGCCAUAGCUGAAUUGUUGCAGGAUUGUAAUAAAUUGACGUUUUCAUGCCCCAUUAACGUGCACACCCCACAUGCGGUCCAAUCGGUGUUGGAUAACAAAGGACAUCUGUGGAUCAGUAACCAGAGGCUAGUGAAAUACCAGGCCAUGAUGAUUGAAAACCCACACGUCAGACUUCAUGUGUCCACGCGUCUCAACCCCGCAACUCUGUUACCAAUUGAGACAACCCCAGAACAUGACUGUCUGCAUGUGUUGGAUAGCGUAUAUUCCACCAGACCAGACCUCUCAGACAUCCCCUUACCAAACGCUAAGUUUAACUGGUACACUGAUGGGUCCAGUUACAUGCACGAGGGCAAAAGAGUAGCAGGAUAUGCAAUAGUUGAUGACAGUAGAGUAAUAGAAAGUGGACCGCUGGGAAGUAAGAGGAGUGCACAGGUUGCUGAACUAUGGGCUCUGAUACGAGCUCUGAACAGGGCGGAGGACGAAACGUAUUGGAAAUGUAUUGGAUUUGUGGACGGCUGGCUUAUGAACAGCUUCCCUUUAUUUGGUCAGGCUCGUGUAUUCUAG